AUGGAUCGCAUUUUCUUUACACGCUGCGCUAAAGUUGGCAGCGAAUCUUUGAUACAAUUCAUGGAGUACCUACAGCAUGUCAACGAUUUUGACGUCGAUCACACGGGAUUGAAACAGCCAGCGAAACGUCAACUUUUGCCCAGAGGUCAAGCCAGAAAGGCGCGAUAUAUUUAUGACCAACCAUCGGGCACAGCUUACAUCGAGCACACCUCUUGGAUUGACUUCAAUCACUUUAAUAUGCCUAAACCAAUCUACAUCAAUCUCGUACGCGAUCCCGUCGAGCGUGUGAUCAGCUGGUAUUAUUACGUUCGCAACUCCUAUCGAAAUGCCAUCUUCUAUCGCAAGAAUCCCACGGCAGAGAUUCAACCAGCCGCCUGGUUCAAGAAGAACUACAACGACUGCGUUCGCAGUGGCGAUCCCGAGUGUCAAUAUAUUCCCAUGACUGUCAAGGAUGUUGUGGGUAACUUUAAGCGACAGACGCUCUUCUUCUGUGGCCACCAUGAGGAUUGUCUGUGA